AUGGAUCCUCUAGUUGAUAUUUCAUGCUAUUGUGUCCUCUUCUUCAUCUCCGUGAUCCUCUCUUUCGUAGCGAUAGGUCCCAUGAUCAACUCCAACAAGCUGAGGCUUCCACCAAGCCCUCCUGCUUUACCAAUCAUUGGCCACACUCAUCUAUUAAGCUCUAGAUUACCAGAAGCCCUUAAAACCCUAGCUCACAGAUACGGUCCUCUUAUGCAAAUACGAAUGGUUAACACAACCUAUGUUGUCGUAUCUGAUGCUACCACAGCUGAGGAAAUCUUGAAAACCCAUGACAUUGUCUUUGCUUCUAAGUUUGGUCAAGGUAUCACACAGCACAACAUAUAUGAAGGACUGAGUUUUGUCAAUAGCACUUAUGGAAAAUACUGGCGGUUCAUGAAGAAGCUUUGCAUGACAAAGCUAUUCGCAGGGUCGCAGCUCGAUCAAUUCAUUCAUAUUCGAGAACAAGAAACGUCGAAGCUACUAAACUCGCUAGAAAAGAAAUCCAAAGAUGGAGAACCAUGUGACUUGAGUGUGGAGCUAGAGACUCUUACACAAAACAUGAUUUGUAGGAUGGCAAUAGGGAGGCGAUGCUUGGAGAAUCCUGAUCAAGCUAUGGAGAUUCGGAGAUUGAUCAAAGACAUUGUGGAAACCGCAGCUAAGUUUUAUUUCAUUGAAGUGUACGGUCCUCUUAAGAAAUUUGACAUUUUUGGUAAUGGUAUGAAGCUUAAAUUGGCGAUGUGGCGGUAUGAUGAGCUAGCGGAGAAGAUCAUGAAGGAGUACGAGAAAGAAGAAGAUGAUGAGAUGAAGUCUAGCGGGACGGAAGGGAAAGAUGUGAUGGAUAUAUUGUUGGAAACUUACAAGGACCCAGAUGCUGAAGUGAGGUUAACUAGGGAUCAUAUCAAAUAUUUCUUCAUGGAAAUAUUCAUGGCGGCUGUGGAUACUACAACAGCAGCCACACAAUGGGCUAUGGCAAAGCUAUUCAAUCAUCCUCAAGUAUUCAAAAGACUCAGAGACGAAAUCGACUCAGUCGUGGGUUCAAAAAGGCUUGUGAGAGAAUCAGACAUUCCAAACCUCCCAUAUCUCCAAGCAGUCAUUAAGGAAACCUUAAGACUGCAUCCUCCUGGACCUUUACUCCGGAGACAAUGCUUCGAGGACAUGAAGAUUAAUGGCUAUGACAUUAAGGCCGGAACCAAGAUUUUCGUCAAUGUGUAUGCCAUAAUGCGUGAUCCAAGCAUCUGGAUUGAUCCUGACAAGUUUGUGCCUGAAAGGUUCUUGGAUAACUCUACCAAGGUUAUGGAUUUGAAGGGUCAUAAUUAUAGUUUCCUUCCGUUUGGGAGCGGAAGGAGAGCGUGUUUAGGUUCAUCACAUGCUUCAUUUGUGAUGCACGUAACUGUAGGUGCUUUGGUUCAAUGCUUUGAUUGGAAAGUUGAAGGAGGAGACAAGGUGGAUAUUGAGACAGUGAAAAUAUACUCGGGAGCAAUAGCUCGCUCUCUUGUCUGUUAUCCUACCGCUCAUUUAAGUUUGUCUGAUGUUUGAUCAUAAGA